GAACGCCCCGGCGCUUGCUAGUAAAACAAAACCAAAAAACAAAGAUCUGUUAAGGCAGAUAUUAUCGUCGAGAGUUGAUUUUAAAUGCUUGCCGUCAAGAUUGGCUUGGGUUUCGUCCACAACUAGUAACGAAGCGCCACUAAUUGCACAGAUGGCGACCCAGUGUGUGACCAAGGUCGAGCUUAGCAUAUCUUGUAAAAAUCUCCUGGAUAAAGAUGUGGGCUCUAAGUCGGACCCCCUAUGCGUCCUUCUGCAGAGUGUGGGCGAUGACAAGUGGACGGAGGUGGACCGCACAGAGAGAGUUAAGAACUGCCAGGAUCCAGAGUUCUCUAAGAGGCUAUGUAUUGACUAUCAUUUUGAGAAGGUGCAGAAGCUGAAGCUGGCUGUCUAUGACAUUGACAACAAGUCUGUUGACCUGAAUGAUGAUGACUAUUUGGGAGGUUAUGAGUGCACCCUUGGCCAGAUUGUGUCAAGUAAGAAGAUUACUAACCCCCUUCAACUUAAGAAAGGCAAACCAGCUGGCAAAGGCACAAUAACGAUUGUGGCGGAGGAAGUGAAGGAUAACAGAGCCAUUGUGCUGGAGGUGGAAGCCAGAAACCUGGACAAGAAGGACUUGUUUGGGAAAUCUGAUCCUUUCCUUGAGUUCUUCAGGCAAGAUGAUGAUGGCAAAUGGCUGCUAGUCCACAGGACAGAGGUCAUUAAGAAUAAUUUGAAUCCAUCCUGGAAAAAGUUCACUGUUUCUCUGCAUACAUUCUGUAGUGGUGACUUAAACAAACCAAUCAAGGUCCACUGCUCUGACUAUGAUAGUGAUGGCUCACAUGAUCUGAUUGGCGUUUUCCAAACUAAUGUGUCCGAGCUUCUGAAAGCAGACAGUGGUUCUGCGGUGGAGUUUGAGUGUAUUCAUCCAGAGAAGCAGAAGAAGAAAAAGGGCUAUAAGAAUUCUGGUGUGGUCCGCAUUAAAUACUGCAAGAUAGAAGCCCAGUACACAUUCCUGGAUUAUGUGAUGGGAGGUUGCCAAAUUAAUUUCACGGUGGGAAUAGAUUUCACUGGCUCUAAUGGAGAUCCUCGCUCUUCUGAAUCUUUGCACUAUCUCAGUCCUAAUGGCGUGAACCAGUACCUUACUGCCAUCUGGUCUGUGGGCCAGGUGAUCCAGGACUAUGACGCGGACAAACUAUUUCCUGCUUUUGGAUUUGGUGCUCAAGUGCCUCCAGAUUUCAAGGUGUCACAUGAGUUUGCUCUAAACUUCAACCCCAGCAGCCCCUAUUGCCAAGGAAUAGAUGGAAUUGUGCAGGCGUAUCGCAUGGCUCUGCCUCAAGUCCGACUCUAUGGCCCCACUAACUUCUCCCCUAUCAUUAACCAUGUAGCCCGUAUUGCCGCCACAGCUGCUCAACAGCCAAACGCAGCGCAAUAUUUUGUGCUGUUGAUCAUAACUGAUGGAGAGAUCACUGAUCUGGACCAGACAAAGCAAGCCAUAGUGAACAGCUCCAAGCUCCCUAUGUCUCUUAUCGUAGUAGGUGUCGGAGAAGCUGACUUCAAGGCCAUGGAGGUUCUGGACGGUGAUAACGGCGUGCUUAAAUCUCCGACUGGAGAGCCAGUGGCCAGAGACAUUGUUCAGUUCGUGCCUUUCAAAGACUUUAUCAACGCUCCUAGAGAAUCUCUGGCCCAGACAGUUCUAGCUGAGGUGCCCAGUCAACUGGUGUCAUACUUCAAGAUGAGAAAUCUCAGCCCAGUUAAUCCUCCUGCUCCCACGAAGUAGAGACAGAUGUCUUCAGAAGUGGGAAUGGCCACUAGAGGGCUUCUAACAGGGAGAAAAAUAUACAUGAAGUCUGGUUUUGUAUUAUGCUGUUCAGAUUUUGCCAAUUAUGCAUGCUAUAAUAACUUUAACUUUUAGAGGUCAUAUCUUAUAGGUUUAUCUUUGGCUGUCUACAUCUGUUACCCCUCACCUUUCUGAUAUUUUACUGUGAGUGCACUGCUUUCUCAGAAGCAUUAUAACACAAUGAAGUUUGAGUGUUGCUUUAAACACUCUAAAAUUUAAUCAUUUAGUGAUUGGUUUUUGAGAUGUAUAACCAAAUUAUUAUAAUAGUCAAACAGCCACUUAUUUAUUGCCAAGAUUGGGCUACAAAUGACAGUGAAUGCAGUACAUUUGAAACAGUGAAUGCGGUACAUUUGCAGUGGAAUGACAGAACUAUACUUCAUUUCAUCCCACUGGGCAUUCUCCAUGUGUGGCUGUUAAUAGGCUAAAUGCAGAGCAGAGAAAUGUGAUAUUUUAGAUUUUCACAGGCAUUGCACAUCUCUCACUAAAUUAGCUUCGCAGUGUUUAUUGACAUCUUUAGGAUAGGACAUUGUUCACACAUGGGCUUAUGUACCAUUUAACUAUCAUUUGUGGCUUAAUCAAGAUCAGGGACUAAAUGCAGUCCAAAUCAUUAAACCUUCCUUAUUUUAAUUAAAAGCUCAAAAACCUAUAAUGGCUUUGAGAAAAUGCAGUUGUCAACCUGAAUUCAGCAAACAUCUGAGUGACUUUUUUGUAUCAGCCUGUUACACAUCCGUAUGGCUUCUGAGCCACCUUUUCAUGCAGUGUCAAUGUUAAAAAUCACCUCAUCCCUUAAUCGUGUGUUAAUUGGGAUUGGAUUUUGGCCUUUUUAUUUUGUGGAAAGCAAUUACAACCUUCUGUUUAAUAGUAACUUUUUUUGCGCUACUCAGUGAAUGAUACUGAGAGAUUGCAAAGCGACAGUGAGCAUAUUUCCUGUAUCUACUCGAAAUCAGAUGAGUAAUGUUGUUUGACGCAGCAGUUUACAGAUACUGGAAUUAAUGAAUUAGAGCAGCUUUUCCUGUUUUCAAUGUUGAAUGCUGUUACUGUUCUGUGCAAAUAUUUGUAAGUUAAGUAAGAAAGCGUCUCAUUCACAGUGAAACAUAAAAAGAAAAUCAAGUCUAAUUUUAAGAAAUUGGGAGUGAAAAAUGGUAGAUACUGAUGUUAAACUCACAUUCUUGCAUUUUCUAUUUCAUUUAUAGCGUCAGGGAGAGAACAUCCUGACAUAACGUGUAUAAACAGCUAAACAAACUGCUGCCUAAGAGUGAUAUAGUAGUAGGUAGUCUUCUAAAGAGUCUAACUAAAGAUCAUGAAAUGCCUUAUAAUAAUGCGCUUGAGGUUAAAUCAUAUCAAUGGCCACUUUAAACUGGAAAACAUGAUAUUGCAAAUAGUUCUCUGCAGUGAAAUGCUCUAUGUAAUUAAAGAAUAGCAUGUAGAUAUGCUGAUAGCAGCAUUAAAUUAAUCUCAGCAUUGACUUGAGAUUCAUUCCUUUUUUGGUUGUAAAAUUGCUGGAUGAUUUAAUAGGUUUCCUGUUCUACAGACCAACGACUUGUGGCCAAUAUUGCACUUUUUUUUUAUUAAAAGUUCAACCAGAACCGAUGCUCACUGAAUACUAUUAACAGUACAAUAGUAGACUUUAAGACUUUUGCCAAAUAUGCAACUGUUUGCACCUUAUGUCUUGGAGAUAAACUACACUCUGUCAAAGUCUAAAUGCAAUAUUAUAGAACUUAACAUUACCACAUAAAGCCUUAUGGGAUCAUUGCAAAGUGACAAUGAAAAUAUUUCCAGUAUCUCUACUGGAAAUCAGAUGAAUAAUGUUGUUUGACCAAUCAGUUUACAAAUACUGUCAGCAUUUGCUUCUUCUGUUUUGUUGUUCAUCUUUUACACACCACUUUGUAAAGUGCCCUUUAUUUUUACAAGUAAAAAUUAAAUUUCAA